CAUCAACAUCAUACGGGUAUUUAGAAGAGGAAUUAGCAGAAAUAUAUUAUCAAGCGACAAAGGAAACGUUAAUUGGUGCUGUACGAUACGUUCUCAGUGAUAGUAAGGAUAUUGAAAUAGGUUAUAGCACUUGUUUUCAUCAGGAACCUGUUUUACGCCUCUCUUGCAAGAGCGAGGGUUGCGGUGUCAUAUUGACUGUUGAAGAUUGGAACAAUCUUUUAAAAUGGCAGCCCUAUACCGAAAUACAGCUAUAUCGAUCAAAGAAAACAGAAAAAUGUUGGUCUGCUGAAGACCUCAUCUAUGAAGACGUCAACUAUGAAGAUUACUAUGAACCAUUAAGUGACACUUUAGGCUUACUUUAUAACUGGAAAUUUACCGAUGAUUCGGAUAAAAUUAUAACCACCAUCGAUAUUCGACAAUUUAAUCAAUCAUGCUGCAUGCAUAGAAACGAGAUUGAGGAGUUGUUCAACAUGAAAUAUGCAAUAAACUCAAGACUACAACAACUAGGGUCCUAUAACUUCGCUACCUUUUACCGGAUAUUUAUCAAUAAAAUGGUUGACUUGAAAAGAAGUAAUAAGGAGACCGCGCCUAUCGCUGAUGUAUACGAAGAUGCUAGAUACUUAAUUAAUCAGCUGUGCAUAGAAGUAUAUUUCAGAAAAAUGUGUUUAGAGGAAAUCUUACAUUACAAUCCAUCAAUUAUUGCUAAUGAUGUAAUGACGAAGCUUCAGUAUGUAUAAUAAAAUUAAAAGUUAUAGA